CACACCCAAUACUAACACCAGCACAACAGUGCAUCAAACAGAUAUGGAAAUCGAUGAGCAAAGCACAAAUUCAAGCCAAUCUGAACUAACUAACUCCUCCCUUUCCACAAAUCCAAUCUCAUGUGCAGACAAAGUUGACGAAGCAACAACAGAUAGAUCAACAACCUCCUCCACUAUUGAAGCUGACAUCAAGAGAGUGAACUCUCUGGACAAACACUCAAAAAUCCUCGAGUUAU